CUGCCGGUGCGGCCGUACCAGGAGCGCAUGGCGGGCGCCGCGCUGCUGGCCAACACCCUCGUGUGCCUGCCCACGGGGCUGGGCAAGACCUUCGUGGCCGCCGUGGUCAUGUAUAACUUCUACCGCUGGUUCCCCUCCGGGAAGGUGCUGUUCCUCGCCCCGACCAAGCCGCUGGUGGCUCAGCAGAUGGAGGCGUGUGCCCGAGUCAUGGGCAUCCCGGCACGGGACAUGGCGGAGAUGACAGGAGGAACCCAAGCUCUGGGCCGCCGGGAACUGUGGAAUACCAAAAGAGUCCUUUUCCUUACCCCUCAGAUAAUGGUCAAUGACCUUUCUCGUGGCACCUGUCCCGCUGUGGACAUUAAAUGUUUGGUUAUUGAUGAAGCCCACAAAGCCCUUGGGAAUCAUGCCUACUGCCAGGUGGUGAGGGAGCUGAGCAAAUACACCAGCCAGUUUCGGAUCCUGGCCCUGAGUGCCACACCAGGCAGUGACACCAAGGCUGUGCAGCAGGUUAUCUCCAACUUACUGAUCGCUCGGAUAGAGGUGUGUGCUGAGGAUUCCCCAGAAAUCCAGCCUUAUUCUCACGAGAGACAGGUGGAAAAAAUCGUGGUGCCACUUGGGGAAGAGCUGGUAGGAAUUCAGAACACUUACAUCCAGGUGCUCGAGGCGUUCGCCGGCCGCCUGAUCCGAAUGGGAGUUUUGGCCAGGAGGGACAUUCCCAGCCUGACCAAGUACCAGAUCAUCCUGGCAAGGGAUCAGUAUAGGAAAAACCCCUCUCCACAGCAUGUGGGAAUCCACCAAGGCAUCAUCGAAGGGGACUUUGCCCUUUGUAUCAGUUUAUACCACGGGUAUGAGCUGCUGCUGCAGAUGGGAGUCCGCUCCUUGUUUAUCUACCUUUGGGGAAUUAUGGAUGGAGCCAAAGGGUUGACCCGCACGAAGAACGAGCUGGGGCGUAACGAGGACUUCCUGAAGCUCUACCAGCACCUCCGAGACAUGUUCUCAGACACAGCCGUGGCUCCAGAGACUGGGGGUGUCUGUAGGAGUGACACAGUGUUGGGAAAGAAAAAGGAAUUUAUCUACAGCCAUCCAAAAUUAAGGAAAUUGGAGGAAAUCGUAAUAGAACACUUCAAAUCCUGGAAAAAGGGGUGCUCUGAUCAGGAGAGGAGUGAGGGCCCCUGUGGGGACACCAGGGUGAUGAUCUUCUCCUCCUUCCGGGACAGCGUGCAGGAGAUCGCGGAGAUGCUGUCCCGCCUCAGCCCGGCUGUCCGCGCCAUGACAUUCGUGGGGCACUCCACAGGGAAGAGCACCAAAGGCUUCACCCAGAAGGAGCAGCUGGAGGUGGUGAGGCGGUUCCGGGAGGGCGGCUACAACACCCUGGUGUCCACGUGCGUGGGGGAGGAGGGCCUGGACAUCGGGGAGGUGGAUCUCAUCGUCUGCUUCGACGCCCAGCGCAGCCCCGUGCGCCUGGUGCAGCGCAUGGGCCGGACCGGGCGGCGCCGGCACGGCCGCAUCGUCGUCAUCCUGGCCCAGGGCCGCGAGGAGAGGACUUACAACCAGAGCCAGUGUAACAAAAGGAGCAUCCACAAAGCCAUUUCAGGGAACAAAACCCUGCGUUUCUACCAGCGCAGCCCACGGAUGGUUCCAGAGGGCAUCAACCCCCGGGUGCAUAAAAUGUUUAUCACUGCUGAGAAAUACGAGCCAAGCAACUCCAGAGGGCUCUGCAAGGAGAGAAGAUGCAGUUCCCUGCAGCACAAAUCUGCUCCCUUUUCCUGUGUCACUGGCCAGAAGCAAACUUUCUCUCAUGAGAACUGGUCCUUGUCACCUGAGGAAUAUGAAACAUGGGACAGACUCUACAGGAUUAAGGAGAGUGAUGGAAUAAAGGAACCAGUAUUGCCUCGAACUCAGUUUGAAACCUUAGAAAACCUGGAAGAAAUACCACAGCAGGAGGGGGUGGCUCAGGAGCUGUCCCUGUGCGAGUGGAGCCUCUGGCAGAGCCAGCCCUUCCCCACGGCCCUGGUGGGGCACUCAGAGCCCUGUCACCACUUCAUCAGUGCCAUGGAAAUGAUGGAGCACAUGAGGCAGGAGCAGGGAGACUGCAGCUAUGGACGGGAGCUCCAGCCCCACCUAUGUGUGGAGGACGUAAAUAUUCCAAGGAAUAAGAGGCAUCUCCACAUGGCCAAGUCCAGCUGGGAUCAGAGAGCACGAUCCUCCAGGAAAGGCGUGGCACACACAUCCCAAAUGAAGCCAUUCCUGCCUGACAGAGGUGAUAACCAGAGUGAACUCUUCACCACCUUUAAGAUAACCAAGCCAAAGCCUCCCCAAAGAACUCCUGGAUCCAGUGUGGAGGUGGAUCCUUCGGCAUCUCCCUCAGGAACGUUUGCUCUGGAUGAACAGCCUGACCAGGGCAGUGAGAGGGACAAGGAGCUGGAGGUGACAUUUGACUUAAAUGCAGUUAUUGACCUGUGUGACAGCAGUGACAGCACUGACAUUCCUGACAGUCCAGCAGCCAAGGGAGACAAACCUGCAGGCAAAGCCCCUGGAUCCCUGGGGAUGCUCCCCGGGGAUUCGGGGUACGAGACAUCACCGCUGUCCUCGGACUUGUUCUAUCUCCCUGAAUCCUACGGGGAGUCACUCGGGACACCCUCCCAGGAGCCUCCUGGCUUAGAACAAACAUUGUCCCCUGUGCAGAGGCUUUUGUCACAGUCCCCUCCCCCCAUUCCCUCCUGGAAUGAACUUGAGGACUUGGAGAACAUGGUGAGGAGUGAGGAAACAAUAUGUCCUGUCCCAGAGGUUAUCCCUGAGGGUCCCUCUGCAGGACCACGGGACAAUGCCUUCUCCAUGUCCUCAGGAGCUGAUCCUUCACUGCUGCUCAUGGAAAAUCCCAAACUGAACAUCCCCAGGGAAUUCUGUGCCCCAAGAAGUCCCUGUUUGUCCAAAGCUGCCUCAUCUUCCAAGGCUGCUGUUGUUGAAGAGGAGCACGCCUGGAAUGACAGCUUUGAUGGGCUGUUUGACAGCAAGGAAUUCCCUGCCAUCCAGGGGAACGCUCCAGCCUCAAACCACAGCCUGACAAACGACCCUUCCAACAAGCACUUUGUGCACAGAGACACUGCAGGUGCUGCCACUGACCACGAGAAGGUGGUGGCUGGUGGAGAGCAGAGCAUCCAUUUGUUUGAGGAUGAGCCUGUGGAUGACACCGGGGACAGCGGGUUAUCCGGGAGCGAGGAGCCUCCAGCCAGGCCAGAUCCAGGUGGGAAUGUCAUCGGGACAGAUGGAGAGCGAGGAUCCAGGGGGGUUCCCUCCGAGGGGCCCUGUGUGAACACCAGCACCUGCAGGGAGCAGCCCCAGAGCAGUAAAUCCAUGGAAACAGCAGGAGUGCCCGAGCAGGGCCUGGAGAACGAGGAUCUCUACGACUGUUCCCAGGAGCUGUUCUCCGUCACCUUCGACCUGGGCUUUUCCAUCACAGACAGUGACAGUGAAACCCCCGAGGAAAACGGGAAUACUGGGAACACCAGCAAAGCAAACGGUGCCUCGGGGAGUGGUGCAGGGGCAGAAUCCACUGAGGAUGGAAAGAUAUUCCUGAGGGAUGGCUCCAGGCUGGAAACCUCGCCAGAAUGGGAUUGCAGAGGUCUGGAGAGAAGAGGCGUUUCCACACCAUUGUCAUUCCAGAGCAGGGGUGUGAAGGACAGGGAAGGGCCAGAGGCUGCUCCUGCUGCAGUGCCUUCCCUGAAAUCAGGAGGCAGGAGAACGGGAAGGGCAUCACCCAAACCUUUGCCUUCGGCGCUUUCGACCCCAGUAAGCAGGAAGGGUGGGAAUGUCCAAGCUAUCAAAAGGAUUCCUAGGAAAGUCUUCUCCAGUGCCAGAGAGGAGACUCCAGAGGUGCCUCCUGGAGAUAAAGUCCAUAAAAGCCCACGUGAGCAGAACUUUGGGAGUUCAGCUGUGGAUUCCCCUUUGGGAAGAGCUGCAAACCUGGAAGACACCACCCUCCGUGGAUCCCGAGCGUGUCCUGCUGCAGAGUCCAGUGAUGACAGUGGGGAUUUUGCCCAGAACUGGGGCAGGACCACGAGGAGCAGCUGCACAGCCCAGAACAAAGCCCGGCCAGGACGAGCCAAACGGCUCCGGAGCAGCUCCACAGCCAAGGCCACAGCCAGGCAGUUCCUGGAGGAGGAGGCAGAGCUGUCCCAGCACGGGGCUCAGGGGCUGUCGUCGGACGAGAGCGACGGCGCCGAGGACGAGCUGAGCUCCUCCAUGGCCCAGUUCCUCAACGACGAGGGGCCCCAGAUUCCCGAGCAGGAUGCGGAGUACGUGGAGGACAGUUUCUGUGUGGGGGAUGAGGAGGAGGAAGCCUGCAGACAGAGUGGGCCCAGCGAGGAGGAGGAGGAGGAGUGUGUGGACUGGGGUCUCCUCACCAGGGACAGUGUCCCCGGCCGGUACCUGACCCGGCGCAGGAGGAGACUGAACCAGGCCGGGCUGGAGCAGAGCCCGCCUGCCCCGGGGCACAGGAGGAAACCAUCCCGGAUCGUUGUCCUCAGUGACUCCAGCGAGGAGGAGACGGCUGUCAGCAGGGAGCAGUCCAUGGCAGCAGGCUGUUCCAGGGCAGGACAGGGGAGCACAGAGUGCCCCCAGCCCUCAGUGCCCCCUGCACAGCACAGCCACGGUGCCAGGGCAGUGCCAGCCCCUCGGCCUGGGGGGCACGACAGGGACAUGCUGCUUGGCCUGCGGGCUUCAGGCUGCGAGAGGCUGGAUUUGCACCCAGACCAUCCCAGCAGGAGCACAUCCUUCCCACCAGCUGCCCCUGGCUCUGUCCAGGCUCCCAGUGAGCCCUCACAGGUGAAGAGCUGUGGGAAGAACCCCCGUGGGAGCGCCUCAGAUCCAGCGUGUCCUGCAGCCACAGAGCCCUCCUCGGCCUCAACCGGGCUCUGCCGGCACCCUCCGGGGAAGGGCCCUUCCCUGAGCAUCCUGGCAGACAGCAGGGAGAUCAGCUGUGGGGCAGAGGUGAUCUCCUCCCUGCGGGCAGUGCACGGGCUCCACGUGCAGGUCUGUUCCCUGGGCACCUCCGACUACAUCGUCAGCACCCGCCUGGCCGUGGAAAGGACCUUCCAGUCGGAAUUGCAGGGCCCUGGGAACAGGAACAGACUGAGCCAGCGCCUGCAGCGCCUGCAGGGCCUGUUCCAGAGGGUCUGUGUGAUCCUGGAGACAGACAGGGCCAAACCAGGAGAAACGUCCCGUUGUUUCCAGCGCACUCAGUACUACGAUGGAGUGCUCUCGGCCCUGGUCCAGGCUGGCAUCCACAUCCUCUUCAGCUCCUGCCAGCAGGAGACUGCUGUUCUGCUCAGGGACCUGGCCCUGCUGGAGCACAGGAAGGGAGCUGCCAUCGAUGUGCCCACGGAGCUGGAGGGGCCCCGGCGGGACCUGCUGGGCUUCUACCUGAGCAUCCCCCCCCUCAGCUACGUGGGGGCCCUGCAGCUCUGCCACUGCCUCGGCUGCCCCCGUGACCUGGCCAAC